AUGGAUAACCUCUGCUAUCAAACGGCACAUGCGGCUGAAAGAUCGCCUACAUAUAAAAAGGCUCUCAAGUCCCACAAACCUAAACACUGGGAUGAGUUCAAGAAAGAACGGAACUUAGUCUCUCGUCUCGUCAAACAAUCUCACAGUAGUUAUCUGAAUGACGUUAUUGGCGCAAGCUUAGAUACCAAUCCAAAGAAAUUCUGGUCGUAUGUACGUACAAGUAAAUCUGAGAGCUCUGGCAUACCUUUAUUAAAAUUCAACGACAAAUUAUGUGUUUCUGAUAAAUCAAAAGCUGACGCCCUUAACUUCCAGUUCCAUUCAGUAUUCACCCGUGAGAAUGCUCCAAUUCCAAAUAAAGGUCAAUCUCCAUACACCUCCAUCUCAGAUUUGAUAAUCAACUCCCAAGGUGUUGCCAAGCAACUCUCUGAACUUAACCCA